UCAGGGGGCAGCACAGCGACAAACCUCCGUCAGUGCUGAGAGGAAGCGACUGGAAAACUCUUCAAUGAGUUCUCCUCCGCUACCUUAAGUUCUCGCUUUAGCCACGCCGGAUUUCAUGUGUUUUUCCUGAAUACCGGGUUUGACCGUUAACCGGUGUCUUGACACAAUGAACGGGUCUCUGCGCUCCUCGGACAACGUAAUGGACAUUAGACUGAAGCGAGGACCGGCAGGCUUGGGAUUUAACAUAGUUGGAGGUGUGGACCUGCAGUACGUUGUUAAUGACAGUGGCAUAUAUGUCAGCAAAAUAAAGGAAGAUGGAGCUGCAGCGUUGGAUGGAAGACUCCAGGAGGGAGACAAGAUCCUGGCAAUUAAUGGAAUCCAGCUUAAAGAUAUGACACACAAAGCCGCUGUGGACAUCUUCAGGACAGCAGGGGAGGAUGUGGAGCUUCGAGUUUUGAAAAAUAUCCCUCCUCACAUGAAUGGACCCUCGGACUCACAGACUGAACCUCAUUCUUCUGCUCUUUGCGGCAGCAGGUGCAACGGAAAGGUUUCUCCUGAUGAAGCCUCUGAUGGGUUCUCAUGUUCUGCAGAAAGGUAA